CCUCUCCCAGCGUCAGUGGCACUGGUUGGGUGUCUCUGGUUACCUACAACAGCGCCAACGGCUCAUCACUCCGCUUCUUUGGCUUGCCCUCUUCGCGUGCUCGGUUCGAUCAUGGCACAUCUUGCGAGAAAUCGGGUCUUUCAUCGCCAUAGUAGCUUUCUAACCAUCGCGCCUUGAGCCGUCAUGUCGGAGAUCGGACCACCCUUCCCGCCGCAGCUUGUUUGCGUCAACUGCCGCUCUACUGCAACGCCUCUCUGGAGAAAGGACGACAAGGACAGGCUUCUUUGCAAUGCCUGUGGCCUGUACGCAAAGCUUCACGGCUGCCCCCGUCCGCUGACGUCCAAGAGAGGGAGCACAGCAUCGGCAGUAGACGCAGCAUCUGGAGAUGACCCCGUUGUAAUGUCAACCAGACCAGAGACAAGUCCGCACCAGGACCCUUCUCAACCUCAGGACAGUGUAGUCCGCCCCGAAAUCCGCCUCCUCGACGGCCUAGAGCUCAUUGACUGGGCAGCGCUGCAGACCGCCUACGGCGCGGCCACCCCAGUACCUACCUGGCUCCAGGAGCUUCAAUAUUCAGGCCCCGCUGGCGGCAGACGUGCUGCCGACGCCCUGACUCAACUUUCCAAACAUCUCGUCCACCAGGGAUCUCGGUGGUCAGCAACUCCACAUGCAGUUCCCUUUCUUAUAAAGCUCCUGGCCGACACGCGCACCCCAGAUCGUCACAAGAUAAUCAGUCUUCUCAUCCGCCUCGCCGUUGGUAACCCGGAUGACUGGCAGCCCGAGAACGUCGACAUCAAGGUCUGGCGGAGCAAAUGUGGCGACGAACCGGACUUUGGAUUACAGUCGUACGAUGCAGUGCAAAGGGGCGUUCCUGUCCUACAGACCUUGACACUGAACGAUCCGGUUCCGACAGUACAAGCCAUUUCAGCUCAUGCGUUGGCGUGGUUUCCGGAAGCUGCCGAAAAUGGGCCUGAAAACACUCUAACCCUGCUGUGGUCAGUGGUGGAUGGACGAACCGGAUAUGCAUGGGCUCAGGCCUCCGCUGUGUUAGCUAUAGGCCUGUUGACGGCCGGCAUAACUGCACUCGGCUCAUCCGGAGGGCAAGCGACAAACCACGACAAGCAGACAAUCACCCGUUUGCGUAGCCUAUUUUGCAAGCGGCCGGCUUCUCAUCUGGUGAAGUGGGCAGCCGCCAAAGUGAUGCUGAACCUCGGCGUGGAAGACCCCGAAGCUAUUCUGACCGUUGCCAGUGCGACUGUUGAUCAUCAGAUGCACGGCGGUUGGCGGCUGAUCGUGCCAGUCGGUAAUGAUAUUGCAGGAGUCUCUGGAGACACAAUUUCGGACUUUAGGGUUCGCAAAACUACUGACGCUACAUCAUCAACGGCUGUCACUGCCCUGCUUGACGCACUCGCCAAAGCCUCAGGCGAUGCGGCAUCUUCGCUAUCGUAUGAGAUCAUGUGCAUGGUGUUUCCUGCGAAGCUGGAGACGUUGCCGGAUAUUGGCCAACUGCAAGAGAAACAGCAGCAAUUUGUACGAUCUCUGGCAAGCCUCCGUGAGUCGAUCUGGACCGAUGCCCAACUUGGUAUACUCUGCACGAAGUACGGACUGCCGGGAGAUCGUGGAUCCAUGAAGAACUACACAGAGGCAGCUGCAACUUAGUCUCGACCCUGCAAGUGGCAUCUGUUUAUACCACCAUGGUGUCGACUUCCAAUUUUGAUGAUGGCGAUGCGUUGCUUGGCGUCUCCUGUGUAGUGGGUUUCAGUGAAGGGAAGCUGGUCAUGUCGUUCAACCAUACCAGAAGAACCAUAUACGGUAACGCGAGUUUUAUUCCCUCUCAAUGCAUCAGGUCAGAGCAUGGCACAGGACAUCAACCUUGAUUGAUUGCAGACUUGGAGCCAGCUUUGAGCUCUAGGUAUCUACCGAAAGAGAAGCGAAACUCAAUCAACACCGGGCACAGCCGUUGGUUGCACUCUUGCCAUGCUUCAUGUUAGGUUAGGCACC